UCAGUGGCAACACGCAUUAUGUCCGUUGAUAUAUUCCGAAAACCGCGUUCGAAGUCAGCUUUCAAUUUUUAUUCAAUUUUGUUAAACAAUUUUCAAUUCAUUUUAAUUUUUCCGGAAUUUCUCUUAAAUAAUUUCAACACUCGUUAUGCGACCACCCAGAAAACCAGGUCCGAAAUCGAGACGACAGAAAGGUAGUUCGCUACUUGGAGAUACGGAUACUGAUUCCACACCAGAAAGGCUUUCAAGUUUUCGUACACCACCUAGAGAUGUAAACUUGACAGACUAUAAUUUAGAUAUAAGCGGUAGUAGCGGUACUAGAACUAGAUUCGGCGGAACAGCUAAGGUGACAUCAAUACCUGGACGUAGUACAAGAAUAAGCGCAGCAAAAACAACAGCACUUGUACCAACUGAAGCUCCAACUACUAGCAUAUGUUCGAUGAUCACCACAAUUCGCAAGGAAACAACCAUCAAACGCAAAACACGUAAACAAAAACAACCAAAGAAAGCUGAAUUUCGAAAACUUUUGAAUCGUACAGAUUUUAUGAUACCGCGAGCAGCUUUUGCGCGUCUUGUGCGCGAAAUAAUGGUUAGAGAAACCACUGAUGUCACACACUUAACACAACUGGCAUUAGAAGCUCUGCAAACAUCAUGCGAGAAAUUUAUUGAGAAUCGUUUUGAAGAUGCAUAUUUGUUGACUCUACAUGCACGGCGCAUAACGUUGUUGGUGCGUGAUUUAGAGUUGGUUAAUUUUUUACUUGAUAAAUGAGAGAUGUUGAUCGUUAUUUUAUGUUUAUUGUUUGUUCCAUUGUAUGGGCUUAAACAUUUUAUUGGUUGCAUGUAUUUUAAUAGUAUAAGCUAAAUAGUAUUAUUACCAAGAGAAAGUUUUUAAUGUAUAUAAACAAAUAUAUAUGUCCAUAUAAUAAAUUUCUUUUCAUAAUUAAUGCAAUAUGUAAGCAAAAGGGAAGAUAUUGCAGAACGUUUUUUUAGAUAAUAAACUUGAAUUUUUAUUUGCAAAUUG